AUGGCCUCUUCUGAGCCUUCAGAUCACUUCGAGUUUCAGGCCGAGCUGUGUGUGCCGUGUGGGAACAAACUGGGUGAGUGCCCGCUGUGGGAUGACAUGCGACACAAGCUGUGUUGGAUUGACAUUCAGGGCAAGAGCUUCUGGCAGCAUGACCCGCUGGGACCGGCCGGAAACGCGCAGUGUUUUCACUUGCCGAGUCGCCCGGGGUCCUUCUGCCUUACCGGGGCUGAUGGCGGCUACAUCAUCGCGUUGGAGACCGGGUUUUCCUUUCUCGAUGUCGAUUCUGGGGAACUUACUCCGAUCACAGAGGACCUCGAACCCGGCCUGCGGACACGUCUCAAUGAUGGGCGGGUGGAUUGCCAGGGCCGUUUUGUUGUUAGCGGCUGCGUGGACAAGGGGGACGUGCCUAUCUCUGCUGUGUACCGCCUGAACACGGAUUUGACUGUCGAGAGACUCCUUGAGAACGUCCGUUGUGGCAACUCGAUUUGCUUCUCCGAUGCUGGCAUGUUCUUUGCGGAUCCUGCUUUCCGCGGAACUGACAGUGAGCCAGUGGGGACAGCAAACACCAUCUGGCGCUUCGCUGACUAUGCAUCCACAGGAAUGGCGGGGCCCAGUCAGGUUUUCGUGAAUGCGGCUGGUCGACCCGAUGGUUCGCUUAUUGAUGCGGAGGGCUGUCUAUGGAAUGCAGAGUUCGGAGGAGGCAGAGUAGUGCGCUACUUGCCCGACGGCUCCGUGAGCAUGAUCGUCAAAGCCCCUGUCCGCUACACGACGUGCGCGACGUUUGGUGGAGCCGAGCUCCAGACCAUGUACAUAACCGAUGCCUCCGCACCUUAG